AUGAAGCAAACGGGGAUUCUUUCGAAUAAUUAUAUUCCACCCCUGCCGCCGCGAAUGGUGGCCAAGGAACUCGCAAAACUCAACACGGACUCGCUCUUCAAUUUGGUGGAGCUCUGGCUUAAGAUGAGCGCAACCCAGCCAAAAUUGUCCAAAGAUCAAAGAGCACAGGGACUCACCCAGAAACAGCUCCUAGAGUACUGCAAUGAUACUCUCAAGGCGUUGAAAGACCAGAAGGCACCCAAACGGAAAUUGAUUGAUCGCCUUCUUGUUGAUUACUACCCGUCAGGCCUAAAUGCUCUGCAAUUGGCACAGAUAGACAUACAAAUGAUGGUCGAUAAACCAAACAAUUACAGCUGGGUCUCGUCCACCGCUAAAAUCGUGAAAAAAAAAGAUGACGACGAUACAAACCGGGCCAUCGACGACUUCAUCUUCUCGCUAGAUUCGCAGGCAUUUCUCGACCGCCUCAUCACAAACUUGUCAAACCUUUAUCUAACCCAUAUCUACAUCUCCAGACACCCAAACUUCCCGCUUAUCCUGAUUAGAAUCCAGAUGUACGAGUACGUCCACUUCAAAAAAACACGGACUGCUAACCCUGCCGUCGCAAACAAAAGCCAGCCAGAUAUACUUUCUCGAACGCCAUAUUACCUGGCUAUUCCGAUGAGCUCGCCUAAUUUGAUCCACUCUGCCGCCAAUGAGGAGGACCUUGUUUCCAAAAUUAUCCUCCAGUCCGUGGAAAUGACUCUCUCGUCCACGCUCCGCCAAAUCCAACUGUUUCCCAAUCCGGACCCGCCUGUGCGAACGCUGGAGGCCGUCCAUGUGCUCAAGGGUGUCUCACGAUUUGGACAGUCGCUGGCUAGCUGGACGCCUUAUGCCGAUGGAACAGUGGAUAUUAACCCUUUGGGAACAAUAGAAGACCAUCUCAGUGUUAAUCCAUCGAAACUGGCUAUGGGAGAAGAUAAAAAUAGUCUUGUUGCCUCGCUCAAGUUCAAAGGAUCAACAGCACCAAUUGAAUCAAAAACCCUAUACGAGACCAACAAGCCGCCACAGAAGACUCGUAGCCUCAACGAUGAGCAAUUGACACACUCGAAAUAUGCCUCUUUGGUCCCCGUUCAAUACGGAGAGUUUAUCCUUGAGGACACACUUCCAGGGGCCCUGGAAGCUCCGAAAAUCAAACUUAGACUGCUUGGCAACGAUGUUUUUGCAGGCCUGCACCAGUUGGCUGUUGAUGGCGUAAUAGAAGCAAAAAAGGUGCCAAGCUGGCUGACUGGCUCUGAAAACUCGACCGUCGGCCGUGUCAAGGACGGUGUAUUCCAGCCCUCAGCGUCUUCCAGUUAG